AUGUGGCCCAUAUGCCUACUAUUCAACAAGAUUCUUAAAACGGAAGAUGAAAAAGAAAUAAAAGGAGAAAAUCUGGAGGUGAUUGAACCAUACCUGUUUCAGAAUUUAUCAUGUAACAUAGAUUCCAAUCCUCCGUCAUUACGGCGUUCACUUUUCAUUGAAGUACCACACAUAAAUCAAAUAUAUACAUGGGAUUGCGGCCUUGCUUGUGUGGUAAUGGUUCUGAAAACUAUUGGUGUCAACAACUUUGAUAUUCAAGCCCUGGCUGACCUAUGCUGCACAAAUAGCAUUUGGACUGUUGAUUUGGCGUAUUUGUUACAAAGAUUUUCUGUUACUUUUUCCUACUUAACAGUGACACUUGGUGCAAACCCAAACUAUUGUGGUGAAUCCUUUUACAAGGAGGAAUUGCCUAAUGAUCUAGUAAGAGUGGAUACACUGUUUCAGGAUGCAAUGGAGGCUGGAAUUGAUAUACAGUGCAGGUCACUUAGUGAAGAGGAGAUUUCCUUUCUCAUAUUGUCUGGGAAAUAUUUAGCCAUUGCAUUAGUUGAUCACAAUAAAUUGAGUAAUUCAUGGCAAGAUGUUCCUGUCGCUGGCGUCUUCAGCAACAACUCUGACUAUACAGGUCACUAUGUGUUGAUAUGUGGCUUUGAUGCUGAAGCAGAUAUGUUUGAGAUUAGAGAUCCUGCUAGCUCUAGGAAACAUAAAAGGAUAGCUUCAAAGUCUUUAGAAGAAGCUCGCAAGGCCUUUGGUACCGAUGAGGAUAUUCUGUUGAUAUCUUUGGAGAAGAGCAAGAAAGAUCAUCAACCUGAUUCCACUAGCGAUUCUUGA